ACGAACGAAUCACAGCUGUUCGAAAAGUGAUAGCAAUUUUGUAUUGUGUUGUCUUUCAGUUGUUUGCGCGGUUUGCUUUUACUGCGUUUUCUUCGUCUUUAUCUUUCCACCUUUUUUGUAAUUGCAUUUUAAGAGACUCGAUAUUCAAGAUAAAUAAAAAUGAGCAACACAACAAAGUUUGUUGCCGAAUUCUGUGAUAUUAUUGAUUUCUAUGGCGGUCGGGAUAAGGUGAUGAAGGCGCUUUGCUACAGCGCCAAGCUCGUUGCCGGUUAUCAUAUGAAGCGGAAUCCUGAUUUGGCCAAACGGUAUGCGAUUGCCAGCUCCAAGAUAUCGGGAGCAAGAGCAACGCUACGUCUUAUCGAUGAUAUACCCAUGAUACAAUACGCUUUGGAGUAUGGACUGGGAGAGAAUGAACCAGAUCGCAUUAUGGCCAUGCUGGGCGUGACUGCCAAUAUUGUGGAUUUACUGUAUUAUCCAAUCGAGAAGAUUUGCUGGCUAUCCGAGCACAAGAUUGUGGAUGUGAAGCAUGCCGACAAUUGGGACAAUGCCAGUUCAAUAUUCUGGGUGCUUUCGGUUUACUUGAAUUUAAUGCAAACUCUACGAAACUUUUGGAUAAAUCAGGAAAAACUAAAUAGUAGUCACCAGCUCUGCAAUGCAACGCAAAUUGAUCAAAAAUCCCUGGCAAAACACCGACUGGAAUUGAUGUCCAUAUUCCGCAUAUCGUUAGAUUUUGUGCACGCUGUCAGCACUUUACCUAGGGGCUAUCUAUGGGGCGGUAAACUAUCCACAUUCCAAGUGGGCACCAUUGGCACUCUGUCGGCUUGUGUGGGAAUCUAUCAAAUCUUUGCCAAGAGAAGACUAAACAAAUAGUACAUGGCAAUACUUGUUGUUAGCUAGUCCUUAUGUGUGUGGUGGUGACUUGUAGGGCAAGAAACUUGCGUACGCACUCGCAAAAGUUAAGUUAUUAAAUAUGUAAGCACGAAGAAAUAUAAAUUAUAAACGUAAGAUAUAUGUGGAUAUGUCUCAUCAAUCAAUGAUAUUGUUGGAUGUGUAUUUUUUAUCACUUUGCAAAUAAAUAAGCUGUU